GAGUUCUCAUAAGUCAGUACAACUUGAAAACUGAAACUGUGUACAACCAUAUUCGGAAAACGCGUUCUAAACAGGUCAAACAAUCUUAAAAUAAAUGGAUCCACCAGAGUAUACUCUGUCCAAUGACGAUCUCACAGAAAUUCGAGAAGCAUUCGCCCUUUGCGACCCCCAAAAGACAGGAAGGAUCAUUCCAGAAGAUCUGGGAACUGUGAUGCGAGCCUUGGGACAAAACCGCACGGAAUCUGAGAUCUACAGAUAUUCCGAGGGACUCGACGGAGAUUCCUUAGGUUAUAUAGCACUUAAUGGUUUUAUCGAACUGAUGACUAGAAUCUAUAAAAUGAUGGAGCACAAUGACUAUUUAGAGGCAGCAUUCAAUGUCUUCGACCGUGAUCAGGAUGGGUUUAUAUCAUAUAGCGAACUGCGCAACGUGUUCACUAGUCUUGGCGAAAAAAUCAGCGACGAAGAGUUCGAUGAGGUGUUUCGCCAGGUUGAUAUCGACGGAGAUGGUACCAUCAACUGGAAAGAUUUCGUUCAUGCCUAUAAAUACUGAUCUAUGGUUCUAUGUUUUUUUUAAAGUAUUUGAGUCAGCAGCCUUGACAACUGAAACUCUAACUUAUUUUUAAUAAACGGAACCAAUUCAUAAAAAAAUCGUAGCUUAA